AUGCCCACGAAUCUUCAGGCAAUCAAGAAAUCAGACUUCGGAUUCCCAACGCUCCUUCUCGAUCUCGGAGUUCAUUGUCAACGUUCACGUCAUCCAUCUCGGACGGAUGAUCUAGAGUUGAUCGGCUCUUCAAAUACCCGUCGGAUCUGGAAUCCCCUCAAAACUCAGUACGAGAUCUUCAUCUCCCUGACUAUGAGCCAGCUUUGA